CUCUUCUCUCUUGUGCGACAAGGUAGUGAACGCACAUGCAAGACGCGGGAAAGAGCACGACGCGCGCAAGAAUGAGCUGUGAUGACGUGACGACAGCUGAUGAGGCGAAGGCCAGAGGUGGGGAAGCUUGGAAGGCUGGCGAUGUUGAUGGGGCCAUCGUCUGUUUUUCGAAGGCGAUCGAACUUGACAUGGAUAACACCAGCGGGCAGCUCCACGUUCACUACAGCAACCGGUCGGCAGCCUUCCUCAAGCAGAACAAGGCAGCGGAGGCACUCAUGGACGCGGAGAGGUGCGUGGAGGUCAACCCUUCCUGGGCGAAGGGCUACUCCAGGAUGGGAACCGCGCUCUUCCGCCUCGGGAGGCACGACAAGGCGGCCGCCGCCUACUCGAAGGGGCUGGAGCGAGAACCCGGUAGCGUAGAACUCCGCAAGAACCUGUUGGAGGCGCAGAAGCAGCACGUCGCGGCGCAGGCGGCGGCCAGCCGGGCGGCGCGGCCUCGGGAGACUAUGGCGGAGUACGUCAGGGCCCACCCCUCGCUGACGUUUCAGUUCGGGCUGCGCUUUUUCCUCCUAGCCAACUGGGUGAUGUACGUGCUUCCCCUCCAGGCCGCCUCGCUGUUCGCCUACAGGCGGCUGCUGUACGCCAUGAUCUUCGUAAACGCCUUGGGUCUGUACGGGCGUCACGGGAGGCUCAGGUUUAACGCCGAGUAUGCGGCGAACGUGGCCACCGAUCCCUGUUGCCAAACGAUCAUGACGGCCCUUCUGUUCGUGGUCAACAGGCCAUACCUCGUCGGCAUCGUACCGAUGGUUCUGCUAGAAUUAACGGACUUCCUGUGGUUCCUGAGCGGUCUGCUCCAGAUGUCGCCGGGGGCGUUUUUCGAGAAGCUCAACCGGGGCGUGGACAUGUUCGGAGGGGCGCUGUUCGGCGUCCCGAACUGGGGCAGUCGGAGCGUGCCGGACCGGUGGUCAGCGGCAAAGAGCAAGGUUAGCGAGUGGGGUGCCUGGAUUGAGGUCAUGUUCGGCAUGAUCCUCGUGGCGGAGUUGCUGCUCCCCCGCAGGAAUUUCGUGAUGCUGGGCCUAUACUGGCAAACUCUGCGCAUGAAGUACAUGAUCAACGCUGCCACGGGAAGGGGGUACACGCAGGCGGCGUUCCGCACGCUGGACGCGCGCAUCAAGGUGGUGACGACCAAGCGCAGAUGCCCACCAGUGGUCGGUUCCAUGUACGCAAAGCUCAAGACGCUUCUGGCCAAGAUGGUUAUGCCGCCGCAGCAGCCGGGGGCUGCCGGCGAAGCGUCGCCAGGGGGAUCUCGGUGUUCCAUCAUGUAGUCAGCCUCGCGUCCAAGCCAAGUGCUUUACCAUUUUGUAAUCGUGGUGAUGUCAAGUCAAGUGACGUUGUCAUUGCGUGGCGAGUGAUGUCACAUCGAGUCAUACAUUCGUGGUCGGAGUGGCGUUGUGACGCGGGACGGUGUGUGCGAACUCGGGUCUACCCAACCGACGCAAACGAACGAGAUAUGCCUUGCACCGGUUCAAUUGCUACCUUGAGUUUGGUGUACAAUAGGCAGAGGGCGGCUCCGGCCUCAACUGAAGCUCUCUCUUUCUCGCCGGCAGCUUUGCACGAAAAAAAAGACGACAUUGGAAAUAUCUCCUUGACUGCGCGUGACUUGCACCGAGUCAAGUGCUUGGGUUGUUGAGUUGGAUGCAAGGCGAGCGGUGCGCAUGCGUCAUUGUAGACAGGAGUGGAAAGAACGCGGCACUGAGUGCUAGGUCCCGCCAAGUGUUCCGCACGCGUGUCAAAUGAUGCACCGUUGGGUGCCGUUCCAUCGAUAAUCAAGUCGAUUGGGAUUGGGACAACGGAGGAGUUUUUUGGGUUCAUGGAGGUGGCAUGCUGGCGGGUUGCUGGCGGGUGCACCCGCAUGCACUCGCUCUCCUUUGUCCCCACAGCUACUGUAUGUAGCCUGUGCUGCAACAACUCACCUCCUGCGGACGGAGAGUUGUCGGUAGAGAUGUCACGAGCAAGCAGCGAGAGUGGCACGGUACACGAAAGGGGGGGGGGGGUUGGGGUGCAGGGUCAAGAUGCAGGAUGGGCAUGCCUCGCAUCUACUUCGAUUCAUCGAACACGACGUAGUCAGUCCUUUUUCGGCAAUUGGGGGUACAACCGCGGUGCGAAACGAAAUACUGUAGUCAGUGGGUUGUGGUAUAGACUUGUCCGGCUUGUGGUAUGUCUCGUAUCGUCUUGGGUGUUGGAUGAGUUUUUGUUGCUGUACGUAAUGUGUGUGAUGGGAUCGGCAAGAUCCGAGACCGCGGGAUCUGUGCAUGGAAUAUUGUUUCACCGGACAAGGAGGGAUAUGAGGGCAUGGCGAGGCGCGACAAGUUAUAAUGCCGCCGGCGGUGUCUGUUUGUUCGGGGCGCCAGGUUAUCCCAGGAAAAGCCGAUGAAGAAAAGAAACGUAACUUAUGCAUGCGCCGGGCGU